AUGCGGGGCUGCACGCUGCUCUGCGCGCUGCUCUGCGCGCUGCCCUGGCUUCUGCCACCGGCAGCACCCGGGCUCCCCGCGCAACCCUUAGCGCGGCGCCGCGACCCCCGCGACCCCGCCAGGGGCGCUGAGUUCGAUCGCAUCUACAACGGGGUGGUGAGCCUCAGCACCGAGAACAUCUACUCCUUCAACUACACUAGCCAGCCCGGCCAGGUGAACGCCGUGCGGGUGUAUGUGAACAGCUCCUCCGAGAACCUCGACUACCCGGUCCUGGUCGUGGUUCGCCAGCAGAAAGAGGUGCUGUCCUGGCAGGUUCCUCUGCUCUUCCAAGGACUAUACCAGAGGAGCUACAACUACCAGGAAGUGAGCCGCACCUUAUGUCCCUCAGAAGCAACCAAUGAAACAGGGCCUCUGGAGCAACUGAUAUUUGUAGAUGUCGCAUCCAUGGCGCCCCUGGGUGCCCAGUACAGACUGCUGGUUACCAAGAUCAAGCACUUCCAGCUGCAGACAAACGUUGCCUUUCACUUCACUGCCAGUCCCUCUCAACCCCAGUAUUUUCUAUACAAAUUUCCUGAAGAUGUGGACUCAGUUAUCAUUAAAGUUGUGUCUGAAAUGGCUUAUCCAUGCUCUGUUGUCUCAGUCCAGAAUAUCAUGUGCCCAGUGUAUGAUCUCGACCACAAUGUAGAAUUUAAUGGUGUCUAUCAGUCCAUGACCAAGAAAGCUGCCAUCACACUACAGAAGAAGGAUUUUCCAGGUGAGCAGUUCUAUGUGGUGUUUGUGAUAAAGCCUGAAGAUUAUGCCUGUGGAGGAUCUUUCUUCAUCCAGGAAAAGGAGAACCAGACCUGGAAUCUACAACGUGCAAAGAACCUUAAAGUGACCAUUGUUCCUUCCAUUAAAGGAUCUGUUUAUGUGAAAUCCAUUCUUCUCAGUUUCCUCAUCUUCUUCUCCUUCUACUUGGGAUGCCUGCUUGUUGCAUUUGUUCAUUAUAUCAGGUAUCAGAGAAAGUCCAUUGAUGGAAGCUUUGGUUCCAAUGACGGCUCUGGAAAUACAUCGGUGUCACAUCCCAUUGCUGCCAGCACCCCUGAAGAAAGCAAUUAUGGGGCAAUAGAUGAGUCAAGCUCCAGUCCUGGCAGGCAAAUGUCCUCCUCCAAUGGCAGACAGCCGUGCCAGUCAGACACGGACAGCUCCGUGGAGGAGAGUGACUUCGACACCAUGCCAGACAUUGAGAGCGAUAAGAACGUCAUCCGGACCAAGAUGUUCCUUUACCUGUCAGAUCUGUCCAGGAAGGACCGAAGAAUUGUCAGCAAAAAAUAUAACAUUUAUUUUUGGAACAUCGUCACCAUUGCUGUGUUUUAUGCGCUGCCUGUGAUCCAGCUGGUUAUCACCUACCAGACAAUAGUCAAUGUCACUGGUAACCAGGACAUCUGCUACUACAACUUCCUCUGUGCUCACCCCUGGGGUGUCCUGAGUGCCUUCAACAACAUUCUCAGUAACCUGGGCCACAUGCUCCUGGGCUGCCUCUUCCUGCUGAUAGUCUUGCGCCGGGACAUUCUCCAUCGAAGAGCCCUGGAAGCCAAGGACAUCUUUGCCAUGGAGUAUGGGAUCCCCAAACACUUCGGUCUCUUCUAUGCUAUGGGCAUCGCACUGAUGACGGAAGGGGUGCUCAGUGCUUGUUACCAUGUCUGCCCUAAUUACUCCAACUUCCAAUUCGACACCUCCUUCAUGUACAUAAUCGCCGGCCUCUGCAUGCUGAAGCUCUAUCAGACCCGCCACCCAGACAUCAACGCCAGUGCCUACGCUGCUUACAUCUCCUUCGCCCUGGUCAUCACGCUCACCGUCCUUGGAGUGGUGUUUGGGAAAAAUGACCUGUGGUUGUUCUGGGUCAUCUUCUCUGCAAUCCAUAUUCUGGCUUCUCUGGCCCUCAGCACCCAGAUCUACUACAUGGGUCGUUUCAAGAUAGAUGUGUCUGACACAGCAGAUUUGGGAAUUUUCCGACGGGCCGCUAUGGUGUUCUACACGGACUGCAUCCAGCAGUGCAGCCGGCCUCUCUAUAUGGACAGAAUGGUAUUGCUCAUCAUGGGGAAUCUGGUUAACUGGUCCUUUGCCCUCUUUGGACUGGUCUAUCGACCCAGGGACUUUGCCUCCUACAUGCUGGGCAUCUUCAUCUGUAACCUGCUGCUCUACCUGGCCUUUUACAUCAUCAUGAAGCUUCGCAGCUCCGAGAAGAUCCUCCUGAUCCCGCUCUUCUGCAUCGUCGCCACCGCCGUGGUGUGGGCCGCCGCCCUGUAUUUUUUCUUCCAGAAUCUCAGCAGCUGGGAGGGAACGCCAGCCGAAUCCCGAGAGAAGAAUCGAGAGUGUAUCCUGCUGGAUUUCUUUGAUGACCAUGACAUCUGGCACUUCCUCUCUGCUACUGCCCUGUUUUUCUCAUUCUUGGUUUUGUUAACCCUGGAUGAUGACCUGGAUGUGGUUCGGAGAGACCAGAUCCCUGUCUUUUAAGCCUCCAGCAUGGAGAGCGGGGAGAGGGAGCAACCAAUCUUGGUGCUGUUUCAUGAAAAAUACAGGGACUGCAGCAAAGUAACCACUGCCAAAUGCUCCACUCACCCUCUGUUGGGUUGGCUCUGUACACAUUCCCGCAGGGAGGAGAGGAGCUACAGGGGGACCCAAACCUGCAAGAAGGGAAGCAGAAGGGAAGCGGCAACUGUGGACAGAGUCAAGCCCUUCAGAGUCGAAAGACACCCACCAUCCCCUUCUGUCACUACUCUGAGUUAGACAUGGACAAAAGCUGCAUCGAAGUUGACCUUGGGACCACUCCCACCCUCACCUGAGAUUCGCCAGCCAUGGGGGAACCAUGCUGCCCUCUGCCCUCCAGCUGCCUCCCUGCCCAGAAACUCCAGGGUGGCCCCCUGUGCACCUCUGUAACAUCUGCUGCUCUAGACAUCCCAAAACACCAGCCCACUUCUCCGAAGUCCUGGAAUGAUGUGAUUCUUUGGAGUCUGGUAGAGGGGUGGCCCCAAGGCCCUACCCAACCGGGACAGAUGUUUUGUAGCACCAGCUCGUCACCUCCACCAAAGGAAUGCUGUACGCUUCCCCCAGGUUCCUGACCGCAUUAGGAGGACUCUGCAUCAGGCUGUGUUACCCGCUUCUGGCAGGUAACUGUCCCUGAGACCAAGGUGUGGGUGCUUCCCUGUUCCUUGGUGUCUUCAUCUCACCGCUGUGUGUGGACCCCCUGA